AUGGAUUCGCUGCGAAUGGUCCACUCGGGCCCUCGGAAGAAGAGGCCCAGGCAGACAGGAGCCUCGAUGGCUCCCCCUCUUCAUGACAUCAAGUUCCGAGAUUUGAUCCUCUUCAUUUUGGAGAAGAAAAUGGGAACCACCCGGAGAGCCUUCCUCAUGGAGCUGGCUCGAAGGAAAGGAUUCAGGGUUGAGGAAGAGCUCAGUGAUUCCGUCACCCACAUUGUGGCAGAAAACAACUCUGGUUCAGAGGUCCUGGAGUGGCUUCAGGUACAGAAUGUAAAAGCCAGCCCACACCUAGAACUCGUCGAUGUCUCCUGGCUCAUAGAAUGUAUGAGAGCAGGGAAACCAGUGGAGAUGACAGGAAAACACCAGCUUGUCGUGAGCAAAGGCUUUUCAGAUAGCCCCAACCCAGAGCCCCGGGAGACCCCACCACUUGAUGUAAAGAUCUCUCCGUAUGCGUGUCAGAGAAGAACCACUUUAAACAACUGUAACCACAGAUUCACGGAUGCCUUUGAUGUACUGGCUGAAAACUAUGAGUUUAGAGAAAAUGAAGGCUCCUGUGUGGUAUUUAUGAGAGCAGCUUCGGUACUUAAAUCUCUGCCAUUCACAAUCAUCAGUAUGAAGGACCUAGAAGGACUUCCCUGCUUGGGAGACAAGGUGAAGAAUAUCAUAGAGGAAAUUAUUGAAGAUGGAGAAAGUUCUGAAGUUAAAGCUGUGUUAAAUGAUGAACGAUAUCAGUCCUUCAAACUUUUUACUUCUGUAUUUGGAGUGGGAUUGAAGACAUCUGAGAAAUGGUUCAGGAUGGGUUUCAGAACCCUGAGUAAAAUAAGGUCAGACAAAACCCUGAAGUUCACACGAAUGCAGAAAGCAGGAUUCCUCUAUUAUGAAGACCUUGUCAGCUGUGUCACCAAGGCGGAAGCAGAGGCUGUCAGCGUGCUGGUUAAAGAGGCCGUCUGGGCAUUUCUUCCCGAUGCCUUUGUCACCAUGACAGGAGGGUUCCGGAGGGGUAAGAAGAUUGGGCAUGAUGUCGAUUUUUUAAUUACCAGCCCAGGAUCCACAGAAGACGAACAGCAGCAACUUUUACCUAAAGUGGUAAACUUAUGGGAAAGGAAGGGAUUACUUUUAUACUAUGACCUUGUGGAGUCGACGUUUGAAAAGUUCAAGUUGCCUAGCAGGAAGGUGGAUGCUUUAGAUCAUUUCCAAAAAUGCUUUCUGAUUUUGAAAUUGCACCAUCAGAGAGUAGACGGUGGCAAGUACAGCCAGCAGGAAGGAAAGACCUGGAAGGCCAUCCGUGUGGACCUGGUCAUGUGCCCCUAUGAGCGCCGAGCCUUCGCUCUGCUGGGCUGGACUGGCUCCCGGCAGUUUGAGAGAGACCUCCGGCGCUAUGCCACGCACGAGCGGAAGAUGAUGCUAGACAACCACGCUUUGUAUGACAAGACCAAGAGGAUAUUUCUUGAAGCAGAAAGUGAAGAAGAAAUAUUUGCCCACCUGGGAUUGGAUUACAUUGAUCCAUGUGAAAGAAAUGCUUAG